UCAACGCAUAUAUCUUCUUUACUUUCUCUCCAGAUCUUUCCCUCUCUCUCACUCCACUCUUUAACGUACACUUCCCGAGUGCGACUGUGAUUUUCAAUUCGCCGAGCCUCGAAUCCAAAAUUACAAUGACGUCGACCUUUGCGAGAUUCGAUACCGUAUUUCUCCUUUCUAGAUUCUCCGGCGCCAAGUAUUCGCCGUUAUGGCCGUCACCGUCUUCCCACUCUUCUCUCCUCUCUUCCGGGAUUCACCUUAGAACCAAGCCUAAUCCUCGUUUACAGUCGAUUGCAGCAUCUUCAUCGUCUGGGGCUACAGUCGCCGGAACCGAAAGCAUUGAGAUUAAAUCGUUGCCGACGAAGCCCAUCGAGGGGCAGAAGACUGGAACAAGCGGGCUCCGGAAGAAGGUGAAAGUUUUCAUGCAAGAGAAUUAUCUAGCAAACUGGAUCCAGGCAUUGUUUAAUUCAUUGCCGCUUGAGGAUUAUAAGAACGCGACAUUGGUUUUAGGAGGUGAUGGUCGUUACUUCAACAAAGAGGCUUCACAGAUCAUUAUCAAAAUUGCGGCUGGGAAUGGAGUUGGGAAAAUAUUAGUUGGACAGGAAGGCAUUUUGUCAACCCCAGCGGUUUCCGCUGUAAUUAGGAAAAGAAAGGCAAAUGGAGGAUUUAUUAUGAGUGCAAGUCAUAAUCCCGGUGGACCUGAAUAUGACUGGGGUAUCAAGUUCAAUUACAGCAGUGGUCAGCCGGCUCCUGAAUCCAUUACUGACAAAAUUUAUGGAAAUACACUUUCAAUUUCUGAGAUUAAGGUGGCAGAGAUUCCCGACAUUGAUCUUUCUCAUGUUGGAGUUACCAAAUAUGGGAGUUUCAGUGUGGAAGUUAUAGACCCCGUUUCCGACUACUUGGAGCUCAUGGAGGAUGUGUUCGACUUUGAUCUCAUCAGAGGUCUUCUUUCAAGAUCAGAUUUUGGGUUUAUGUUUGAUGCCAUGCAUGCUGUUACUGGUGCUUAUGCGAAACCAAUUUUUGUCGAUAAUCUUGGAGCCAAACCGGAUUCAAUUUCCAAUGGAGUUCCCCUCGAAGAUUUUGGGCAUGGCCAUCCAGAUCCUAAUCUGACGUAUGCAAAGGAUUUGGUUGAUGUCAUGUAUCGUGACGAUGGACCUGAUUUCGGAGCAGCAAGUGAUGGUGAUGGUGACAGAAAUAUGGUUUUAGGAAACAAAUUCUUUGUCACUCCGUCAGAUUCUGUUGCUAUCAUUGCAGCCAAUGCACAAGAAGCAAUUCCAUAUUUCCGUGCUGGUCCUAAGGGGCUAGCACGUUCUAUGCCAACAAGUGGUGCUCUUGAUCGUGUUGCCGAGAAGUUGAAGCUUCCUUUCUUCGAGGUUCCCACCGGAUGGAAAUUUUUUGGAAAUCUUAUGGAUGCUGGAAAGCUGUCAAUCUGUGGAGAAGAGAGCUUUGGCACAGGUUCUGAUCACAUCCGUGAGAAGGAUGGCAUAUGGGCUGUGUUGGCUUGGCUUUCGAUCCUAGCUCAUCGCAAUAAGGACAAGAAAGUAGGGGAAAAGUUGGUGUCUGUUGCAGAUGUUGUGAAAGAGUAUUGGGCAACGUAUGGAAGGAACUUUUUCUCCAGAUACGACUAUGAAGAAUGUGAAUCUGAAGGAGCCAACAAAAUGAUUGAGCAUCUUAGAGAUAUCGUGUCUAAGAGCAAGGCCGGUGAAAGUUAUGGAAACUAUGUCCUCCAGUUUGCAGAUGACUUUUCAUACACGGAUCCUGUUGAUGGAAGUGUUGCAUCUAAGCAAGGUGUUCGGUUUGUUUUUACGGAUGGCUCCAGAAUCAUAUUUCGUUUAUCCGGAACUGGUUCAGCUGGUGCUACAGUUAGAAUAUACAUUGAACAGUUUGAACCAGACGUUUCAAAGCAUGAUGUGGAUGCACAAAUAGCUCUAAAGCCUUUAAUUGAUCUUGCAUUGUCUGUAUCAAAUCUGAAGGACUUCACAGGGAGGGAGAAGCCCACUGUCAUUACAUGAAGGAAAAACUAUUCUGUGUCUCUAUGUCACAUGGUCCUUCUGAAAGGCAAGUUGGGUUCCUGACUUCAGUUUUGUCUGCCAUGUUUAUUUGAAAAUUUCCAGAGCAAUGAAAUGCUGUAUCUGUGUAACAUUAUAUAUAUAGCUUAAUACAUCUUUCUACAUAAAUAAAAAGGAUGUAUUUUCCUU